AAGAUCGCGAUGAAAAUAUCAUGGUGCUUUAAAUUUUGGUUUUAAAAAGAGAAAAGCUCCGUUUUUACACAUCCGGAAACACAUUCACAGACACAUAUGAAGCGUGUACAAUAGAUGUGCAUGUGACCUCGAGUGAAUGCAGGUCAAAAAGAGUGUAAAAUCAUAAAAUGUUUAUGUCGGCUUUAUGGCCCAGUAUGUGCAUGCACUUCUUAAAGGACUCAAUAAAGACUGAGGCGUCUGGAUGGGAAACAAGGCAGCAGCCAAUGCAUAUUUAAGAUAACAAAGCCUUAAACUUACCGUCGAGUCAUGGACUUGGCCACAUUUCAGAUGUGCAGCGCAACAUCCUGAAGACGCGACAGAAGUCACGUGACGUUCGAUCAGCUGACAUCAUUGACGCUGAGGAAGACGACUGACAGCAUUAUGAUCAAAUUUCUCGAAAAACUACCAUCUGAAGAAUGUCCUAAACUCAUACACAGGGUGGUGGAUGGGGUGUGCGGCCGAAGUGGUCCGAGGCGAACAGAUUACGGUGAACGGUGGAGUCUGACAGAAUGGGUGGAGUUAAUGAACACUCUUUCCUCUUUUAUCCGCUUUGCUGUAGGAAGGGGCUGUUCAGAUCAAGAGAUCCAGGAGCGGCUGAGUGAUUUGGACACGGCACAUGCUGAGGCUGUUCUCCAGUGUGUGCGCUCCAGGUUUGAUGAGAUCAGACAUGCUUUGGUGGACAGAACCAAUGGCAUCUCAAGCACACAGCUUCAGGACUUCAACUGGCAGUUAAAGCUGGCAUUAUCCAGCGACAAGCUGUCAUCUUUAAACACUCCUCUGCUAAAUCUUAAUCUGGACCUGAAAGAGAAUGGAAUUCAGAGAACGGUGAAUAUAGAAAUGAACAAAGAGGAGCUGCAAACUCUCAUCAGUGCACUAGAGGCUGCUAAUAAGGUUGUGUUGCAGAUGAAAUGAAGAUACCAGCGAAAGAUGGUUCUGUGCCAUCAUACUUUUCAUUAUGAGACAAUGCCUGCAUGUGGGCAAACGGAAACCUUACGGACAGAACCGAGAACCUGUCAGUGUCUCUCCUGAGGUGUUCAUGAAGGACUGAAUAUUAUUGUUCAAGCUCCAUCAGUAUGGACCACAGUUGACUUGAAGUUGCCUAAGUAAUGGUGGCAGGGUCGUUUUGAGGCUGAGUAUUUUGCACUAUGAAAAGCAAAAUGCCUGCCACAGAUCUUGCUUUCAAUUCUCCAUGAAAUGCAAAUGCAUUUUGAUUUCACACCCCAAAAGGUUGCCUUUCUAAAUAAAGUAACUAAAAACAUUGAAUGUCAACACUUGAGUUUUUGCCAAUGCAAGUCAACACUAUGACUAAUAGGCAGAAACCCCCAGACUUUUUGACGCGAUC